CAUGCCUGAUCGCAGACCAUUGCCGCCCCCCGCUGCUGCUGGUACUUUUUCUGCCAACCAGGGACGGAUGUGCAUGGGCGUGCGGAGCCAGCAGCACUGCUACGUGCAGACAGCGCUCGUGGAGGUGGCUGGUCCUCGGGGCGUGCGUCUAGUACGCGCGCUGAUUGACGGCGGGGCAGACGCCUCCUUCAUCCGGGCUUCACUGGCUGACCAGCUGGGACUCGAGAAGGUCGGCCAGGGGACCUUCGCGUGUGUCGGAUUCAAGGAAAGAGUUGAGGAGGCUCACCAGUACGACCAAGUAAGCGCGCGGCUCACUGGAUACCAGAAAGCAGACGACCCGGCAGCGGCACGCCUACCGCUGUCAGCUGGUUGACGUCGAGCGAAUGUGGACGCUGGACGCUGUGGGAGUCGCCGCAGAGGAGACCGCCGAGAGAGACCCACCUGUACCGACUUGGAACGCCACCGAGAACAGGUAUGAGAUGGGGCUAGUAUGGAAGUCCGACCAGCGCCCAUUGUCUAACCUGAUGUUAUCGAAGACCCGGACUCACCGUAUGACAGAGAAGUUGAAUGUUGAACAGUUCCAGGAGUACGAUGACCACCUGCAUCAGCUGCUGGAAGACGCCGUCAUCGAGCCCGCGCAGCCGAGUCCGCCAUCAGAGUUCAUCUUACCGCAUCGAGGACUGCACCGCAACGGCAAACUGCGAGUGGUGUUCGAUGGAUCAGCGCCAGACGGUGCAGGUAUGAGCCUGAACUCCUACCUUGAGCCGGGAGAGAACCUGCUGCAUCGUUUACCAGCUGUGCUACUUAACUUCCGUUCAGGAGCCGUGGGUUGUCAGACGGACAUUCGUGCAGCUUUCCAUCAGAUUGUACUCACUGAGGAGGACCGUCAGUUCGUGCAGCUGCUGUGGGCGGGCCAGCGGCUGAGGUUUCGCAGGGUCCCGUUUGGACUCACCUGUUCGCCCUACAUGCUGCUGUGCACUAUCGCUGAGCACGUCCGCCGGUGUCUGCGCGAUGAACCUGUUCUGUUGCAGAAGGUUCAGGAUUCCGUCUACAUGGACGACAUGUGCCCGUCCUUCAGUACGAGGGCGGAGGCAGAGGCCGGACUGACGAAGAUGGGUGACGUCUUCAGCGAGGCCUCCAUGGAUCUUCACAAGACCAGGAUGUCUGGUGACGACACUGAGGACGAGAAGGUGCUCGGCCUACUGUGGAGCACAAGAUCGGAUCGUCUGGCCGUGACCGUGCCACAGGUGACCUGCCCUGGCACCCGGACUGAGCUGCUAUCUGCUGUGAGUAGACCGUUUGAUCCGCUCGGCGUGGUGACGCCGUGGCUGAUCUGGGGGAAGGCCCUGUUUCAGCGUACCUGGCUUGACGCUGAAUGCACGUGGGAUAGUCCCCUGAGUGGGGAGCUGCAGACCGAGGUCCGAGCCUGGUGGAGAGACUCGCCGGGGAGGGUGAUCUGGUUCCCUCGCCUAGCCGGAGCGCGUGACGAUCAGUCCGGAGCGACUUUUCACGUGUUUUGUGACGCGUCUCGGACCGCCUACUGCGCGGUGGUGUAUGUGGUCCAGGGUGGGGAGCCUGCCCUGGUGAUGUCGAAGAGUAGGCUGGCCCCCCUGUCUCCACAUCUAACGAUCCCCAGGCUGGAGCUGAUGGCCGCUGUUGUUGGAGCCAGGUUGAUGGACUUCAUCAAGAACGCGCUGUAUCUGGAGAGCGCAACAGUCACCUACUGGUCCGACUCGACCGACGUGCUUCACUGGCUCAACCGGAGGCGGCCUCUCAAGAUGUUCGUGGAGAACCGGGUGAAGACUGUGCUUCAGUUGACGACCGCCGAUCAGUGGAGGCAGUGAACCGCACCGCGUGGA